AUCAAAUAGAUAGCCAGAGUUUGCCUCAAUACAACUUUUUUUUGGAGGGACGGUCAGCUGAUAACGAGUGUUGAACCAAGUACCCUCACUGACGCGUUGAACACAGAGUGGCACGGGCGGUCUGUUAGUGAAACCGCGGUAGAUACCAACAAAACCAUUCGCAAACAGUUAUCAUCGGUUUUAAAUGACGCACAAACUCAGGCGUUAUCCCGUAAGCUAUUGUGUUAGUGCAGAGGAACUCUUUCAUUAAAGAUGAGUUAUUGCAUUUAUAGACACUACAUCGUGGUUGUGCAGAAGCUCAUGAACUCUGAAAUAGUCGCGUAUUAAGCUGCAAUUCUUACAUGUACGGAAGUACAGACACCAAAGAGCCACGUUCAGAAUAGAACCAGUGUAGCCAUUUCACACAGUUGAGUUACACGAAUACCCGUGAAACUGGUGAAUACACAAGUGGGCGGCAAAGAUAGCAAGAAUCCUUCAUCCCGAAUCCAUUUGUGCUUGAAAACCCUCGGGAACGAAAAAAAACGACAAAAUGAUAUUUUCAAUGGAAAGAACUACUUUCAGUGUGGUUGUCCUUGGGGUGGCCUUUAUGUUCAUCUUCACAUCCUUCCAGACCCAAGGAAACAUGCAGCAAGUAGUGAUCAAGAGCAUCCAGCAAGAUGACCCGGGCUUCAGGGGCUCCGGCUACAUCUCCCUGGCCGUCAUCUACGCCGUCUUCGCCACGUUCAACUGGCUGGCCCCGUCCUGCCUCAGCUUCCUGGGGCCCAAGCUCACCAUGAUCGUCGGGGGCGUCACCUACGUAAUAUUCAUCGCGAGUUUCCUGUGGCCUCAGACGUGGCUUUUGUACCUGAGCUCAGUGCUGAUAGGUGUCGGAGCCGCUCUCAUUUGGACGGGUCAGGGCAACUACCUCACACUCAUGUCCGAGCAAGAUACGAUCGCGCGGAACUCUGGCAUCUUCUGGGCUCUGUUUCAAAGCAGCCUCCUCUUCGGAAACAUCUUCGUGUACUACAUGUUCAUGGGGAAGGACACCAUCGACAGCGGAACGCGCCUCGUGGUGUUCGCGGCGCUGACGGGGGUGGCGCUGGUCGGCCUGGCGAUCCUGCUGGCGCUGCCCAAGCCCGGCGCCGACGGGAGCGGCCGCCAGGACGACAUGGGAGGGCCGCUCAACGCCCUCAAGAAAUCCUUCGAGCUCUUCAAGACGCGAGACAUGCUCCUGCUGUCGGUGACUUUCUUCUACACGGGCAUAGAGUUGUCGUUCUUCAGCGGAGUCUACAGCACCUGUGUUGGCUCGACGCUCAGGUUUAGCGACCCCAAUCGCCUUGUUGGUAUAUCUGGCAUGUGCAUCGGUAUUGGGGAAAUAUUGGGUGGCGGGGUUUUUGGCAUCUUUGGCAGCAAGACAGUGAAAGCAGGAAGGGAUCCUAUUGUGCUCCUAGGAUUUCUGACGCAUCUCUUUAGCUUCUUCCUCAUCUUCCUCAAUCUUCCUACUAUGUCUCCUCUCGAGCGCACAUACGACCCCAGCUUCUUCCCGGGCGGUCAGCCAAGCGAGUUUGUAGCCCUGCUCUGUAGCGCCAUGCUGGGCUUCGGCGACGCCUGCUUCAACACGCAGAUCUACUCCAUCCUUGGCUCCAUCUACCAGGACAACUCGGGCCCUGCUUUCGCCCUGUACAAGUUCACGCAGUCACUGUCUGCCGCUGCCUGCUUCUUCUAUUCAAGUGUGGUGCAGCUUUAUUGGCACCUCGCUAUCCUUACGGUGUUCUGCGUAAUGGGUACAAUCAGUUUCUGUGUAGUAGAAUGGAAAGCCUACCGCGCUGUACAACAUGCUGUUGACACCAAAAGUUGUUGAGACCAACCGUUAUGUGUUUUUCAUAAUGAUUAGUAUCUAUAUUUGAUAGUAGUUUCAUGAUUCAAUUAUACACAUCUAAAAUAUAUAAGAUCCAAAUGUUUGUAAAAUAAUAAUACAUCUAUUAUACGUUACCCCUGCAGUGGUAUGGUAUACCGUUUUCUAAAAUACUAAAUUGAGAUAAGCAUUUCUAAUUAAUUCCAUGUAUAUAUAUUUAUAUGAAUAUAUAUAUACA